GCGCUGCCGGAGCGUGCAGAGUUCACAUAAGCUCCUCGGUUGACCUUGUUGCCGCCGAGCUGCAAACAGCGCACCGUCCAGGGAAAGCAUGACAACCCCAGGUUUACCUCCCAUACCGAUGCCUCCGAUGCCCGCGUUAGCCAGCUCGGGUUUCAGGGUAACGAAAGAGCAUCUGGUGGUCGCUGUGCCGGUGGCGGUGGUUGCAGCCGUCGGAGGCUUCCUAGUCAGCCAUUACUUGAGCGGGCGGAGCUGUAAAAAGGGGCAGGUCAACGCAUCCAUCAGCAAAGACAGUCCCAAAGUGGUCCACAGCUUUGACAUGGAGGACAUCGGCACCAAGGCUGUGUACUGCCGCUGCUGGAAGUCAAAGAAGUUCCCCUACUGCGACGGCGCCCACGCCAAACACAACGAGGAGACCGGGGACAACGUCGGGCCGCUCAUCAUCAAGAAGAAGGACGCUUAAUCCCACCUCGGCCCUUCCCGACUCCUCAGUUUCCCUCGAUCAUUAAUUAUCGUUGCGGUGUCACGUCGAUGGUUGCACUAUGACACAGUUGAACCAAACCGUGUCUAUUCUUCAUAGCUCAGAACAAAAAGUCCUGAACGUGAGUUCACACAAUCACAACACUGUGUUCAGACUAACUAAGUCUGAAAUCAAAGGUCACUUCAGGACAGAUAAGGAGGGGACGUUGACAAUCAGCCAGACGUGGAGGCAUUGUGACUCACAUUUACCUAAUGCGGAGUUUGUUUAAAAUUCUCACCGGACCUGAUAUAAAUAAAAUAUCUCGCCAAUGCGGGCAUCGUGCCUUCAUGUCUGGUGUCACCUGUGCGGCCCCCCCCUCGUCUUAUUGGCUCCUCUAGGUGUGGAGCAGGUGGUGGAAACAUGACACCGGCCCUCAGUCCAGUAUUUGAAUUCAGCGUCGGCCUUAUCUUUAAAUCUACAGCCCGGAGUCUGAACAAACACAAAGCCCAUGUGAAUGUUACACGCUAUGAUUUCUUUUUGCUGUGCAGUCGGAACUACUAGAAGUUUGUCUUAAAUGAAUUCAUCUGCAGUUUGUAACCUGCUUCCUGAGGAAACUGUUGUAUUAUCUGUAAAGUGCUCGGAGCUUUUUCAUCAGAUUUAUUUUCUACUGGCUGCGGUGCGUCUGCUUUGUCGACUCAUUGUUCUGUAUAUUGUGAAUAAAACUUGUUGAGUGAUCGGA